CCUAUGGCUGGGUUGGGAUGGCAUGGGGAUGAGGGACCAACUCCCUUCUCUUGCGGGGGCCCAAUUAGUGCCAUUGCCUUCCGUUAAGAGUUUGGGUGUAAUCCUUGAUGCCUCCCUUUCCAUGGAGGUGCAAGUUACAGCAACACCCAAGGCGACAUUUUUCCACCUUCGCCGCAUCAUGCAGUUGGUCCCUUACCUUUCCCGCCCCGACCUGGCCACAGUGAUCCAUGCGACGGUCAUCUCCAGGCUUGACCACAAACUUGACAUGAGCCAACAGUGUGACGCGGCAGCUAAAAAAGCCAAUGCAAUUCUGGGCUGCAUCAAUAGGAGCAUAGCAUCUAGAUCAAGGGAAGUAAUAGUGCCACUGUAUUCUGCUCUGGUCAGACCUCACCUGGAGUACUGUGUCCAGUUCUGGGCACCACAGUUCAAGAAGGACACUGACAAACUGGACCGUGUCCAGAGGAGGGCAACCAAAAUGGUCAAAGCCCUGGAAACGAUGCCUUAUGAGGAACGGCUAAGGGAGCUGGGCAUGUUUAGCCUGGAGAAGAGGAGGUUAAGGGGUGAUAUGAUAGCCAUGUUCAAAUAUAUAAAAGGAUGUCACAUAGAGGAGGGAGAAAGGUUGUUUUCUGCUGCUCCAGAGAAGCGGACACGGAGCAAUGGAUCCAAACUACAAGAAAGAAGAUUCCACCUAAACAUUCGGAAGAACUUCCUGACAGUAAGAGCUGUUCGACAGUGGAAUUUGCUGCCAAGGAGUGUGGUGGAGUCUCCUUCUUUGGAGGUCUUUAAGCAGAGGCUUGACAACCAUAUGUCAGGAGUGCUCUGAUGGUGUUUCCUGCUUGGCAGGGGGUUGGACUCGAUGGCCCUUGUGGUCUCUUCCAACUCUAUGAUU